GCUCGCUCACUCGAUCGGGCUGUUCCGUGCAUUCCGAGUUCCAACCUACCUAACCGCACUAAAAACUCGCAUCUAGUCUUUCGCCAUCUUGAUAUAUUCACGCAAUCACCAUGGCUGGCAGACUUCUGGCUCUGGGUGCUAGAAACAUCAAAGCGCGCACUGUUCCACUCGGCGCUGCUGGUGCUCAUGGAGCUGUUGUGGAUCCCAAGAAGGUUGCCAUUGGUAGCAGGGAGGUAGUUGGUUUCGGUUUCAAUGGACAACCCAACUAUGUCGAUCGGGCGGAUUUCCCAAUGCCUGCUUUGAGGUGGAAGGAGCCAACCAGUGACAUUAAGGCUCUCCGUGAGAAGGAGAAGGGAGACUGGUCAAAACUUUCCAUUGAAGAGAAGAAAGCUCUGUACAGGGCGUCCUUCCGUCAGACCUUCUCUGAAUUCAAGGCUCCCACUGGUCAAUGGAAGUCUACUAUUGGCAUGACAUUGUUCUUUGCAUCUAUGGGCUUGUGGCUCUACAUGGGCAUGAAGUUCUUCGUAUACAACCCACUGCCACCAAGCUUCGAAAAGGAAGCGCAGGAGGCGCAGCUGCGUCGUAUCCUCGACUUGCACAUGAACCCCGUGGAGGGUCUUUCCUCCAAAUGGGACUACGAGAAGGACGACUGGAAGAAGUAAAUGUAGCACGUUUAGUAUGAAUUAUUUAAUAAAAUACGUCAGACUGGUUCAAUCAUUCGACAGCGAUUGAACGACUCUGACUGGGUGUUUUAAAUGAAGUUCAAUAAAUUGAUUAUGCAGAAUUUUCGGCAAGAUAGUUAUAAUAGUUAAGGUCAAGCGUGUAAAUGUAAUAACAAUGCAGAACCAAUGUAUUCACUACCCUUUUCACUCUUGUUUCGUUCUGGGCGCAGAUUUUGUUUGUGAUAUAUUGAGUAACUAUGAUUUGUACAGUGAUGCGAUGUCAUGGAAUAAAAAUAAACAUCAAUGUUAUAAGUA